AUGGCGCGCGCCGCGACGCCGCGCGUGGGCGACGGGCGCGCGACCGCGUGGCGCGACGUGUUUCGCGCCGACGCCCGCGUGGGCGACGGGCGCGCGCGCGUCGAGGGCGUCGCUCGGGAAGACGAGGAUGGAUUCGCGUACGUUCGAGGACGCGGUGACGCGAGGGAGACGUACGCGCCGAGGCGGUGCGCGACGCGCGCGGAGGCGACGUACGCGACCGCGAACGGGACGUUCUUCGAUACGGUGUCGGUGAGAGGGGUGACGACGUUCGACGCGCGGACGUGCGAGGCGCUCGAGCGCGUGGAUCUCGAGCGGUGGUUUCGAGAGCGCGCGGCGUUCGAGGCGAUGUCCGAGAUGCGGACGUUUUCGCUCCAUCGCGCGUGGAAAUCGUUCGCGGUGAUGCGGCGGUACGCGCGGCGGAGAAAGUUUACUCGAGCGAAACGCGCGUUCGAUGAGGCUUCGGCGAUUUUUGGUUCGGCGUUCGCGGAGCGCGCGUGUCCGGCGACGACGCGCGUGCGCGCGGCGUGCGAGCAGAUGGAAGAGCGAGCGCGCAUGUUUUGUCGUGAGCGCGUCGAGCGCGUGGACAACGAACCGGAUGUGUUUGCGUUCGACGACGUGGAUGCCGCCGACGAACACGACGCGACAGAGAUGAAGUCGUACGACGUGGACGCGGUGCUGGCAAACUUUCAAUCAAACGCCGAUGAAUCUCGAGAACUCAUCGCAUCGUCGAUUCGUGCGAUUGAAGACGAGAUUAAAGUCGCGAGGGAUGGUAUCGAGCGGCGGUUUUCGGAUGACUUGGACGAAAAACUGCGUCCGAUGAUUGCGGCGACGACGCGCUACCGCCCGCGUCGCUCGAGCGCAACCACGAUCAAAUCAUCCAUGAUGACUAGCGAUGGGUCGAGCGGAGCGACGCCUAAGGAUGCGUAUCCGUGUACCGAACGCGCCCUAACCGCGGCGCUUCGCUCCAAGUUAGAUUCGUUCGAGCGAGCCGCUUUCAUGCGCGUGCGCUCGGCGCUCUCAAACGCGAGAUCCGCAUCUCUCGAAGAGUUCUCCGCGCACGUGAGAUCGUGUAGCUCUUUGGGAUCGAAUAUCGGCGCGCUGUUCGACGUUAAUUUGUGCGAAACUACGUUGGAGCUCGAGCCGAGCGUCGAUGCAUUCGAGCGCGUCGUUCGCCGUGGCGCCGCUCUGUGGACGUCGGCGUCGCUGCGAGCGAGCGUUCCGUUCGGUGAGCGAUGGAAUGCGCUCGAGGAUGAGAGUGAAUACGAGCGAAAAGUCGACGACGUGUGCGGAGUGAUUCGUGAACAUUAUACCGCGGCGCGAGACGCAGUCAAGCGCGAGUCAUCGUCGUUACGUCACCGCGUCGAGGCGCUUGGUCAAUGGAACGACCAAGACGACCCAAUCGAGCGCUUCGUCCAAGUGUCAUCGCGAGCGAAAGAGUUCAAAAGGGACAUUGACGACACGCCCGAUGCGAUUCGUCCGGAUGGAUGCUGCUUCGCCGUGAACGUGCGCGCGCUCAAGGGCGCGCUCCGGCCGGCGGCGAUUUCAGAGUCGCACGCCGCGGGCGAAGCCGCCGUGUCGCACGCCGCGGAUCGCGCGAACGUCAUCGCGACGAAAUUGACCAAGAUGAAGCUCGACACGACGGGCAAAGUCGACGUUAGCGAUCAGUUUGAGCGCGCACAGAGCGCGAGACGCGAGUUCGAUGAGCUCAGUGAGGCGUACGCGACGCUGAAGAGGCUCGGCGUUAAGGUUCCGGAUUUACACGUCGCCGCGUUCGACGCGCUCGGUCAAGAGAUUGACGCGGUGAUUGAAUCUUUCGAGACAAGCGACGCGAACGAUGCACCGGUGUCUUCGUCUCCGUAG